AAUGGUCAAGAACAACAUCCGGUACAACCGCGACCGGUACCAGGCAUACGACCACCACAGCCCGUGUGUUAUGAAUGUACUCCUGCAGAGAACUGGAAAAUAUUCAAACAAAAGUGGGGUAACUAUGCGCUAAUCACAAAUCUAGCAGCUCAGGCAAGAGAAUACCAAGUAGCUCUGUUGUUGCAUACAUUAGGGGAGGAAGCCCUCAAGGCAUAUAACGGUUUCCAGUUCAGCACACCUGCAUCACAGAGAACUGUAGAUGAAGUCUUAGAGCAGUUUGACAAAUUUGCAAUUGGAGAAAUCAACGAAACCUACGAGCGCUAUUUGUUCAACAAAAGAGACCAAAAAGAGUCUGAAAGCUUUGAAUAUUUUCAUGCCAGCAUAAGGUCAUUAGUGAAGACAUGCAAUUAUUGUGACAGCUGCGUUUCAUCCAUCAUCAGGGACAGAAUCGUGUUAGGUAUACACGACUCUAGUACGCAGCAGGCUUUGUUGAAAGAGAGAAACCUAACACUGGUGACAUGCAUUGACGUGUGCAAGGCGGCAGAAAACGCGGCCACACAAUGCAAGACGCUUCGCCCUGAGACCGUCAACAAAGUAACUGCCCCGAAACAGAAGGCGACGCGUCCCCUUAGAAUGGCACAGCAACCACAGGAAAAAAUCUGCAAGUUCUGUAGGCUCUCACAUGUGUUUGUAAAGUCUGCAUGCCCAGCAUGGGGGAAGACAUGUAAUGUAUGUAAACAAAGAAAUCAUUUUGCGAAAAAAUGUCCCAACUCCAAGCAGCCACGAGCUAGGGAGGUUCACAGAGUGGCAGAAGAUGAAUCGAGUGAAUCUGACGGGCAAGAGUGGCUCAACUCUGUCAGAUCACCUAAACCGUAUAAAGAGAUAAAGUGCCUAAUGUCAAUUGGGAAACACAAGGUUGUGUUCCAGGUGGACACUGGAGCAUCUGUGAACAUUCUGCCAGCUCGUUUUGCACCAAGUGUGACCCCAACGACUAAAAAAUUGAAGAUCUGGAAUGGCAACGAGUACAGCCCUCUCGGAACAUGUCGUACAACUGUACGUAACCCUAAGGGGGGCAAGAAGUAUUCAGUGGAGUUCACAGUGGUGAAAGAGGAUCUAACACCCCUUCUGGGGCUAAAGACAGCUGAGCAAAUGAAACUGAUAGUGGUCAACGAGGAGCAAGUGGAAAGAGUAGCAGUUGUGGCAAUCACUGACAGACAUGCUGCUCUGUUUGACGAAACACUUGGAACGUUUCACGGUAGGUCACACCUGAAUGUGGACAACACAGUGAUACCAGUAGUGAUGCCUGCUAGGAGAGUACCACUUGCAAUUCGUCCCAGACUGAAAACAGAACUGGAGCGUUUGACAGAGAUUGGUGUCAUCACUCCAGUAGAUGAACCAACCCCGUGGGUCAGCCAGCUCGUGAUUGCUGAAAAGAAGUCUGGCAAGCUGCGGAUAUGCUUAGACCCUCGGGAGCUCAACAAGGCCCUAAAAAGGGAGCAUUAUACACUGCCAAUAUUAGAUGACAUGCUACAUGAGUUGAGUCAAUCCCGUGUGUUCUCGAAGGCCGAUCUAGCACAGGGAUACUGGCACGUUCAACUAGACACAGAGUCCAGUAUGCUCACGACAUUUCAAACAUGUUUUGGACGAUAUAGGUGGCUGAGACUCCCAUUCGGCACAUCAGUUUCGUCUGAAAUCUUUCAGAAGAGACUCAUUGAUGCACUUGGCGGGCUGACGGGAGUAGCAUGUAUCGCCGAUGAUGUGAUAAUUCACGCAGCAACAGUCGAAGAACAUGACCAGGUACUGGAUGCAUUCCUGGCAAGAUGUCGCGAAAAGGGGAUCAAACUGAACAGCGAUAAAUUCCAGCUGCUGAUGGAAGAAUUAACAUUCAUGGGUCACCGCAUCUCAAAAGAUGGCUUGCAGGUUGAUGAUGAGAAAGUCAGAGCUGUCAUGGCGAUGAAACCACCUACAAACAUGGACGGUCUACGUCGAUUCUUGGGGUUAGUGAACUACAUGGCCAAGUUUCUGCCCAACCUCACUGAGGUGGUACAGCCUCUACGCAAUCUCAUGAAGAAGGAUGUGCCAUGGACGUGGUCUGCGACACAAGACCAAGCAUUCCUGCGGGUGAAAGAGAUGGUGUCCAACACGCCAGUUCUUGCAUUUUACGACCCUACGAAAGAUCUAGUAUUAGAGAAUGAUGCUAGUGAAUAUGGAGUGGGGUCAGUGUUGCUCCAAGAUGGUCGACCUGUAGCGUUCGCGAGUCGUUCUCUGACAGACACAGAGACAAGAUACGCGCAAAUCGAAAAAGAAAUGCUCGCUGUAGCAUUCGGGUUGGAGAAAUUCCAUUACUACACAUACGGUCGGAAAGUGACAAUAGUCACAGAUCACAAGCCACUGGUAGCGAUUGUGUCAAAACCGUUGUCAAAGGCACCCAGGAGACUACAGUCUCUACUGUUGCGGACCCAGAAAUACGUGUUUGGACUUGUAUAUAAACCAGGUACAUCCAUACCUGUGGCUGAUGCACUGUCUCGCAAUCCACUACCAGACAAACCAGUCACAGACGUUGUAACAGUUAACAACGUUUCCUUUUCUCCCAUCAGGAGGGGCCGUUUGGAGGAGAUUCGGGUAGCGUCGGAAAAGGAUCAGACGUUUACAGAACUCAAGAGCACAAUCAUGAAAGGAUGGCCAGAUGACAAAUCAAGGUUACCACCUACAAUCACUCCGUUUUUCAACUACAGAGACGAACUUUCAGUGCAAGACGGUAUCAUACUUCGAGGUGAGAGAGUAGUUAUCCCAAGGUCCAUGCGGGCGGAUAUCAAACGCAAGGUACAUGCUGGACACAUGGGCAUCAACUCCUGUCUACGGAGGGCACGUGAGUUAGUUUUCUGGCCGGGAAUGUCGGCUGACAUUCGCCAGCAUGUUGAGGCAUGCAAUGUGUGUGCUACAUACAGUGACAGGCAAGGACCUGAAACAUUGUUCAUGCAUGAAGUUCCAGGCCGUCCGUGGGAGAAGGUUGGCUCUGACCUGUUGUCCUUUGAAGGUAGAACAUACAUAGUCACGGUUGACUACUACAGCAAGUUCUUUGAAAUUGACUACCUCAUUGACACAGGCUCUGCGGCGGUCAUAGACAAGUUAAAACAUCAUUUCGCCCGACAUGGCAUACCUGACACGGUUAUCACUGACGGUGGACCUCAGUACAACUCGGAGAAGUUUAGAACAUUCAGCACAAAAUGGGGGUUUACACAUGAAAUGACAAGCCCAGGGAAUAGCAAGGCCAAUGGAGUGGCUGAGGCAGCGGUAAAGUCGGCGAAAAAACUCAUGCGAAAAUGUAAGGCAUCUAGAGAGGACCCCUAUCUCGGACUACUCAACCUAAGAAACACACCAACGGAGAGUCUCCAGACUAGCCCGGCACAGAGACUUGUGGGCAGGAGGACUAAAACUAUGUUGCCAACUACAUUAGACAGAUUAAGACCAACGAACCAGGAUGCCGAGGUUACUAAAAUGGACGACAAGCGAGCAACGCUGGCCCAGCGUAAGAAUGAGUUCAGACAUGAUCUUCCACCAUUGAGGGUCGGUGACACGGUCAGGAUGCAACCGAUUCAGACAGGGUUAAAAGAGUGGAAGCCCGCUACGGUUACUAAACAGAUCAAAAGCAGAACAUAUGAGGUGACGGCUAGCAACGGUAGAACGUAUAAACGUAACAGACAGUUCUUGCGAGUUUCUAGAGCCAAUGACGCUCUUGGAAAUGAAAAGGUGACUCAUGUGCCUACGGUUGUAGGUAAGACCACAACUGGAGAGCUGGUAGUCCCGACUACGUCGAAGGAGCCGGCUGAUGUUACGACAC